AUGCGUCGGAAGAAAACCCUCGAUCUCUCCUCCUUGGAGAUGCCUUGUCUGAAGGAACGCGGCCUCUUUGCUUUGCCAACUGAAGGAGAUGGCAAUUGUCUCUAUUAUUCCCUGUCCGAUCAACUGUACGGUGAUUUCCAUCAUGGUGACGAUAUCCGCCACAUUCUCGCCAACCAUAUGGCCAAAAAUAAGACCUAUUUCAUGCAGUUUGUCGUGGCCCAUGGCGGCGAGCGUCGGCGUCCCAAGCGGGCAGCUGUAUCCGCAUAUGCCACUCGUUCGGUGGAUGGUGCAGUCCCGUCCGAGGAGGACAAAGAACGCCGCUUCACAGAAAUGGUGUCUGCCACUCGAAAGAAUGGCGAGUGGGGUAGCUCUGAGCACCUCCAGGCAUUUUGUCAGGUUUACCAUGUAGACAUUAAUGUCUAUACCAUGGAUGGUGUUCAGGCUUUCAGAGAUGUGAAUGCGUCGGAUGAUGAACACCGCGAUGUGGUUCAUGUUGCUUUUCACGAUUUCAAACACUACUCAUCUGUGCGGGUCUUAGAUGGAACCCACAAUCCGCUCCUGGCUAAGUCACGGGCCCUAGAUCAGUUUUCCUUGCAACUAAAGGGGGUGCAGUCCAAAGAGGACAUCAAAGCACUGAUUAUCUCCGAUUCAAAAGAGGCUGUCGAUAACAAACAGACACCCCCUCUCUCAUCAUCUUUCCCCGACAACUUCGACAACCUCAACUCGGUCUCCGAUACCGACUCUUCUACCGAUGGUCUCACCACAAAGACCGCCGACCUGGCCGUGGAUGUCUUCCCACCCUGGGAUAUCCAAUCUAUUCAAGACGGUCUCGGGGGUCGAUAUGACCGUGACACCAUUGUGGACGUGCUCCAGAAAUGUCGCGGUGACAUCGACCGAGCAUUCGCUGCUCUCCUCGGUGAAACCGAUGGAUCGUCUGACAAACCGUCGAUCCCAGGUCCCAACUUCAAACCCAGUGUCCAGGCCUCCCGAGAGUCAUCUCCUUUCAGCACCGGCAGCAAGCGCUCUGCCGACGAUAGUGACGACUCCGAGGACCAACCCCCAACUGCUAGACGGGGCCGACCAAAGAAGAGAGUCGUCUCUAAUUUGACCCUGGGUGUCGGCAUCUCCUUCCGUGACGACCACAAUGAGGUUGUCUCGCUCAAUUUGCGGAUGAAAGCAGACGCCGAGAAGGCAAAGACUGCCGAAAAGGCCCAAGCCACCCCAGUCCGGGAUGCGUCUCUCUCGGAGACACCAGAGGCGGCCACCAAGCAGGGCCUUCGACGCAGUGGCCGCCUGUCAAAGCCCCGGCCAGCUUGA